UGUAAUUUCAUUUAGAAAUCUCAAAAAAAUAUUUCGGAGCAAGUUUUUCUACUUUCGUACUUUAAUAACGGACAUAAUCAACUAUGCAUGUUAUGGACUCGUGAUGAAGCAAAAGUAACCAAGUUGAAGCUAUGAUUGUGUUCAAUAUCACCCUGAUCCGACAUGGUGAAACAGAGGCCAAUAAACAAAGUAUAGUACAAGGACAGUCAGAUAGCACACUAACAGAGGAAGGCUGUAGACAAGCAAAACUUGUAGGGGAAAGACUCCAAAAUGAACAAUUCACACAUACCUAUUCCAGUGACCUUGGACGCUGCUUAAAUACAACUGAGUUGAUACUUUCGUGUAACAAGAUAUGCCAGCAGCAAAUCACAACUUCAAAGCUUCUCAGGGAAAGAAAUUUUGGUAUCUUCCAAGGUCGCCCCAGCUCCGAAAUGAAAGAUGCUGCUAAAAAAGCCAAUAAAAGUUUUGCAGAUUAUGUCCCUCCGGGUGCUGAAACCAAACAACAGAUGCAACAGCGAACAAGAGUAUUUUUUGAAGAUCUCUGUCAAACUAUGCGAAACACUUACAAAGAUAGCUCAACUGACCGAUGUAGCGAUCUUGGCAUUUCCCCGAUUCAUGGAACCCCAAGGUCAAGAACAUUAAGCACAGGGUCAGGUCGAAUAACAAGUUCAGACGAUGAGGAAUUAACGCCAUCUUUAUCAGCGGAUGUUUUAAUUGUAACCCAUGGAGGCUUCCUUAAAGCGAUAAUCAAAACUUUCAUAGAUGACUAUAACUGCGUAAUGACAAUUGGGAAAGGACUAGCGUUACGGAUUUCGCCAAAUUGUGGAUUGUCCAAAUUUAAAGUUUAUUUAGAAGAGGAUCGUAAACCUCAUAUUGUCUGUUUGGCGCUCCAUGAGGCGGAUCAUCUCCAAACAGAUUCUGUUUCCCAGUGUCAGCAUGCUGAAAAUGCCAAUUAAGCUACUUUCAGGCCAAUUAUAGCUACUUUCAGGGUAGUCAAGAUCUGCUCCACAUCAAAAUUGUCUGUUCUUCUUAGAGAGGGUUGUAAUUUCAAGUUUUUUGGCAUUAGGGUAUGAAGUCUCAAACAUUAAGUGAAUUAGGAGCAACUGAAUUGUUAACAAAGUAGGCACAAAAUAUUCCGGAGCCGUAUUCAGAUGUUUUGAUUUUUGUAUCGCCACUCUCAGACUCUAAGUGGUGACAUUUUGUUUUUCUUCAAAGAGAAAAUAAUGUUACUA